AUGGUUACUGAAAUGAGGGACAUCCACAUGGUUGGUGAACUUGAUGUAGAAGACUCUGUAAAUAACAAAGAUACCAUCAAUCAAAAUCCAAUUGUAGAAAUCACUGAAGAAGUUCCAGUUGGGCCUGAUGUUCAAGCAGCAUCCGGGCGUGAGUUGAUUUCUUCACAUGCCAAUACUGAUCAACAAGAAGAUGAGAUUGAACCGAAUAAGUUCAUUUCUGUGGAGACAAAAACCAAACAAUCACUUGAUGCAGAACAUGAAUUUGUUGAAAAAGUUCCUGUUUUAGAGAUUCCAUCAAUAGCUAUUUCACCAACACAUUCAGAACGAAUUAGAAGGCCACGUCCAAGUCCAUUGGAUAUCCGUCUACAUAAAGCACAUUCACAUGAGUUGGUGGAUGAACAAAACAUGAUAGAACCAUGUUUGAUGAACCAACAACACCCACUUGGAGAAACUGAUAUUAGCUUAAAAACUCUUCAGGGAAAUGAUGUAAUACCACCUGACCAUUGUCCUAAAGAAACAGAGGAUCAAAGCAUUCAAAAGCGUUCUGCGUCAGAGAAAACUGUAACAGCAACUAUCUCCACUGAUUCAGAAACAAGGAGCACAUCACUAGGACCAUUUCUUGCUCCUCCAGAGAAGAGUAUUAAGAGAAGUGUUGAAGAAGGAGCUACACCAGCGAAUGCCAAGACAAUAACAUCAUCAACUAAUCCAGAAUCAGUUAGUUCUUUAGCAGGCCCAUUAGUUACUUCUGAGCAUAAAACAUAUCCGCUGGAAGAUGGUGAUGGCCAAACAGCCACACCUUCUGUUUUAGGUGUCACCACAGAGCCUGAUACCACUAUAGAUGUUGAUCUCAGAGAGUCUCAGGGAACUUCCGAGUUUGUGGUUGCCCUAACUCAUGCUCCUGUUUCUUUAAAUGAAGAUGCUUCCAUGAAAGUAAGCUCAAUUAUUGAGGAACAUAUUUAUAACCCUCACGACAUAGGAGUUUCAGAAUCUAAGCCCUCUCCUAUUGCAUACAAGUCUCCUUCGUUGUCGUUUGAAGGAUACUUAAUGACUCUUUCUUCAAUUCCAGGGAACCCUUCUAAAAUCAUGGAGGAUUUAAAUUUUGCUUCUCUUGUCAAAAGGGAGCUUGAGCAAUUGGUCUCUAACAAGCAUUUGGCUUCUGAGAAUUUUUCUUUAUUGACUGAUUUUCUUGUGAAGCAUCCUUCUGUUCAUUUAAAUGACAAAACACUUAGUAACAGAUAUAAGGGUUAUGCUUACAAUUGUCUGGUUGAACUAUUGAAAUUCCUCCAAAUCCAUAGUGUGAAGGAUGUGUUAGAGUCAAGCCACUCUGAUUUUGUGGAGUUAUUACAAGACGUACGCAAAUUUGGUUUUGAUAAGGAUUGGUUGGAUGAUGUUGAGAGACGCUCCAUGUUUCCUGGUAUACAAGUCUCUCAAGAUGCACUACAGAAGUUAUUAGACUCAAAGCGUAUUUUGACUCAACAUGUGGAGGAUCUUAAGCAUCAAGUGGAGGAUCUUAAGCAUCAAUUGGCGUCCUCUCAAGCAGAUUUGGAGAGUAUCCUUCAGCAGGAGACUCAGGUUUUAGAAGCUAGGGCUGCUUUGAGCGCUCCUAUUGGCUAUUAA